UAGUUUCUUCAACCUUAACAUUUUCUAAGACUCAACACUCAAGUUAUUAUUAUAGCUCAUUUUCUAACACUAUUAUUAUAAACAUGGCACCUCAUGGAGAUUCAUUACCUAGCUCAUUUUCUAGGGCAAACAACAUAGUAUGCGCCAAACCACCGAAACCUAAUUCAUCCGAUCAUAACAAUAACAUUCAAAGAACAAUCUCCGACAUAUCGUUUGAGUUAUCCAAACAAGACAUUGAUUUAACACAACUUCCACCGAUAACCGAAGUUGAGGAUGCAAAGUGCGAAUGUUGUGGCAUGUCGGAAGAGUUUACACCGGAGUACAUAAAACGCGUUCGCGAUAAGUACUUAGGUAAAUGGGUUUGUGGUUUGUGUUCCGAGGCGGUGAAAGAAGAGCUGGAGAAAAAUGGUGGGAAAAAAGAUGAAGCUUUGAAUGAACACAUGAAUGCAUGUCUUAGGUUUAAUAAAUAUGGAAAGACUUUUCCUGUUUUGUUUCAAGCUGAAGCUAUGAAAGAGAUGUUGAAAAAGAGUAAAAUGGAAGGUAGAAGGGCUAAGUCAUUUAACCCUAGAGAGAAAGGUGGUGAAAAGAAAGGUGGUCUUGCUAGAAGUUCAAGUUGCAUUCCUGCCCUUACUAAAUGAUUCACAAUAGCCAAUUAAUCUUAACUUACAAGUUAAUUAUAACUUCUUAAUUUACAUUUCGUCGUGCAUGUUUGAAUUCACAAUGAAUCUGGUAGAGUUUUAGUAUAUCACCGUAAAUUUUAGAAAACUACACCGAAGUCUAAGAAAAUACGGUGUUAGACUCUGGUCAAACUCAUUGUGAUUUCAAAUAUAUGCACUAUAAGUCUUUUAAUUUUGUGUUAAUUAAUUUCUAUGUUGUAUAAGGAACAUGGUUUGUAUCUCUAAAUAUUGUUCCUUUUUUCUUUUUGUACUGACUAGUGACCACUACUCAUGAGUCUUUAGGGGUUGAAGAUAACAUAGCCCUUAAGUUACCUUUUGAUAUGAGUCUAAGGUUUUUUAGGUCUCUCUCCCUAUCACUAUCAUAGUUUUUAUUGAAAGGAAGUUGAUCCGUGUGAGGACUUCUUUAUCUUUCUUUUGUGGAGAGUUAUUCUUUGUAUUUAGUCAGUGGCUUUUUCAAUGUAUUUUUAGGUAUUUCUAAUCUUAUAAAAGAAAUAAAAUUUGCUUCAUGUAUUGAUCUA